AUGUCAGCUUCAACAACAGCAAACAAACAACUCUAUUAUGAGCUGUACCGUCGAUCUUCCAUCGGCAUGCAACUCACCGAUGCACUAGACGAACUCAUCCAAUCAGGCCACAUCAACCCUGUCCUUGCAAUGAGAGUCUUGAACGAGUUUGACAAAUCUAUUGCUACUAAUUUGGCGAAAAACGUAAAGGCUAAAGCUCAGCUCAAGGGUCACCUCAAAGACUACCGUCUAUGCGAAGAAGUUUGGACCUUCCGUGUUCGUAAUGCCACUCUGAAACUCGACAAUAGCGAACUUUUGGAUGUGGAUAAGGUCAAGAUCGUUGCUUGUAAGAUGGCGGAUAGUACUAGCAAGUAA